GCUGACGUCAUCGCCGCGCGCGGCAGCAUGGCGGCCGCAGCCGCGCCCGGCGUGGCGCCGGUUCGAGCCCGGUUCCUCAUCUCCAAGGAGCAGUUCCACGCCUACCUGCGGGCAGGGGGCAAGGAGGAAGAGGAGGAAAAGGAGGAGAAGGAGGAAGAGGAGCAGGUCAGCGAACCCCCAGCCAAGAGGGUGAAGGCAGAGGAGCCCGGCCAGGAUGGGGAAAGCCGAGGGGAUGCUGGAGAGGAGGAGGAGGAGGAGCGCCCGGAGAAGAAGAGAGCCCGGGGGCAGAACAAGAGCCGCCUGUGCAUGAAACCCAAGAGCUACGAGCAGAGCAGGCUGUGCCCCUCGGUGACACAGGGCUGUGGCGGGCAGUGCCGCUUCGGGCCGCGCUGCCGCUUCCUGCACGACGUGUCCGAGUACCUGGCGGCCAAACCGGCCGACCUGGGCGGGCGCUGCGUCCUCUUCGACACCUUCGGCCGCUGUCCCUACGGUGUCACCUGCCGCUUCGGCCGCGCCCACCUCGGCGAGGGCCACCAGAACCUGCUCAACGCCGCCCUGGCCCAGCAGUGGGAAGGGAAGCUGCUGGUGAGGAACGGCCUCUCCAAGGACCUCCAGCAGCAGCUGCGCAAGAGGAGGUUCAGCUUCCAGAAGGCCGAGGAGUUUCUCCGUGGGCUCCGUGCUGGGAAGGGAGGCAAAGCCACAGGGGGCUCUGCUGAGGUGGCCGAGUGCUCUGCUCCCCAGGAGGGCCUGGGAGACAGCCCUGUGCUGCAGGAGCAGGGAGAAGAUCCCAAACCAGAGACCCUGCAGAGCUCCCAAAAGGCUGAGGGUGCUCCCAACCCUGAGGUCCUGCAGAACUCACAAGGGGCUGAGGGUGAUCCCAAAGCUGAGGUCCUGCAGAGUUCCCAAGGGGCUGAGGGUGCUCCCAGUCCUGAGGUCCUGAACAGCUCCCAGGGAGCUGAAGGUGCUCUCAGACCUGAGGCCCUGCAGAGCUCCCAAAAGGCGGAGGUUCAUCCCAGACCUGAGGUCCUGCAGAGCUCCCAAGGAGCUGAAGGUGCUCCCUCCAUCCCAACCCUGGGCCCGCUGACAGAUGAAGACGUGACGAAGCUGCGGCCGUGCGAGAAGAAGAAGCUGGAAAUCCAAGGCAAGCUCUACCUGGCUCCACUGACCACGUGUGGAAACCUCCCUUUCCGACGGAUCUGCAAACGUUUUGGAGCAGAUGUCACCUGCGGGGAGAUGGCUGUGUGCACCAACCUGCUCCAGGGCCAGUCCUCCGAGUGGGCUCUGCUCAAACGCCACCACACCGAGGACAUCUUCGGGGUGCAGCUGGAGGGAGCCUUUCCAGACACCAUGACCAAGUGUGCAGAGCUCCUGAACAGGACAAUUGAUGUGGACUUCGUUGACAUCAACGUCGGGUGUCCCAUUGACCUGGUCUACAAGAAGGGAGGAGGCUGUGCUCUGAUGACCCGCUCCAACAAGUUCGAGCAGAUCGUCCGCGGGAUGAACUCGGUGCUGGAUGUCCCAGUGACAGUGAAGAUCCGCACUGGGGUGCAGGAAAAGGUUAACGUGGCUCACAAACUCAUCCCCAGGAUCCGGGAGUGGGGCGCCUCCAUGGUCACGCUGCACGGGCGCUCCCGGGAGCAGCGCUACACCCGCAGUGCAGACUGGCACUACAUCGCCGAGUGCGCCCGCCUGGCCAGCCCCAUGCCUCUCUUCGGAAAUGGGGAUAUUUUGUCCUAUGAAGAUGCAAAUCGAGCCAUGCAGAUGGGAGUUUCUGGAAUCAUGAUUGCAAGAGGGGCGCUCAUCAAACCCUGGCUUUUCACGGAAAUCAAGGAGCAGAGACACUGGGAUAUCUCCUCCAGCGAGAGAUUUGAGAUCCUCAAGGACUUCACCAACUACGGCCUGGAGCACUGGGGCUCAGACACUCAGGGAGUGGAGAAAACCAGGAAAUUCCUGCUGGAAUGGCUCUCCUUCCUGUGCAGGUACAUUCCAGUCGGGUUAUUGGAGCAUCUACCUCAGAAAAUCAACGAGCGGCCGCCCUAUUACCUGGGCAGGGAUUACCUGGAGACCCUCAUGGCCAGCCAAAACAUGGAUGAUUGGAUCAAAAUAAGUGAGCUGCUCCUGGGCCCCGUCCCGCCCAGCUUCACCUUCCUGCCAAAACACAAGGCCAAUUCCUACAGGUAGGGCUGGCCUGGCGCUGUCCCCGGGCGUCAGGAGGAGUCUGGAUGGGCUCGGAGGAGGAGCAGGGCUCCUGGCAGUGGGAAUAAAGCUGAUGUUUUUAGAA